AUGAACAUCUCGCAGCCCGUGUCGUCCUCGGUCGACCGAGUCGAGUUCACAUUCCUCACAAAGGAAGAGAUCCAUGCUGUGUCGGUCAAAAAGAUUGAGAAUGACACCACCUUCGAUACCCUGCUGAAUCCCGUCCGUGGCGGCCUGUACGAUCCUGCCCUUGGAUCAUGGGGCGAUUCAAUGCGAGAGAUCCACCGCUAUGUCUGCAUCUUUCGCCUGCUACAAUAUGGCCUCCUCAAGGAGGCAGGCAUGGUUGAUGCCAUAGGAGAGAACUUCCACGGCCUGGCUAUGCCCGACGUUCCCCAAGCCGACACAGCCGACUCCGACUCUGAGGAUGAAGCCGGUGCUGCUGACGGCGUCAUGCGAGCGCGUGAUGCCUAUGUCCGCCGGGUCCUGCAGGACCACCGAGCUGCCCUGGGUCGCCGGAAGCACGAGGGUGCUGCUGAGCUACGCACCGCCUUAGUUGGCGAAUUCUUCAAAGAUAUCGUCAAAACAAGGGUGUGUGCAUCAUGCCGUGGAGUUUCCCCGACCUACCGCAAGGAUCGAUCUGUAAAAAUUUUCGAGAAAGCCCUGUCACCCAAGGAGCAGGCCAAAAUGGCACAGGCUGGCUUUAAGCGAAACGAAGGUAUUCCGAGUCAAGCAUGGAAGAAGAACGGCAGAAGGAGCGGAUAUGGUUCUGAUGAAGGCGUCGCCGAUCUGUCGUCGGACGAAGGGAAUGCCUCAGACGAGGGAAGCGGUGACGCGCUGGAUGAGGACGGCGAGGUUGUCCCGCGCAAAUCCACUCGAAAGAAGUCCGCGGAACAGGCAGGAGUUGCCCAGCGAUACCUCUCACCGGCCGAGGUACGGUACAGACUGGCGACCCUAUUCGAAAAGGAGCAAGAAGUAUUGGCCCUGGUGUACUGCAGACAACCACGCGCCAAAACGACUCCGCUGCUUGCCUCAAAUAUGUUUUUCUUGGAGACCAUCCUCGUACCGCCAAACCGUUUCCGCCCCGAAGCUCGCACCGGGGACUCUCAGAUCGCUGAGGCCCAGCAGAACAGCCUCUACAAGAACAUCAUUAGGGCGUCUGCGCAACUAGCAUCCAUAUACAGGCAGAUACAAGAUCAGUCGAGAGGGGUAGUCGAUCCGAGAGGAGAAAGAAGCAUGACAGCGCUCCAUGAGGCCUGGACCGAACUUCAGGAUUCGGUGAACGCUCUGAUCGAUCGCAAUCUCAACCCGGUGCAAGGAGCAGCUGCGAAGCGAAACGAGGAGGGCAUCAAGCAGAAGCUCGAAAAAAAGGAGGGUCUCUUCCGAAAGAAUAUGAUGGGAAAGCGAGUCAACUAUGCCGCCCGAAGUGUCAUCUCCCCAGAUCCCAACAUCGAGACCAAUGAAAUCGGUGUUCCUCCAGUCUUCGCCCGGAAGCUGACCUUCCCCGAGCCUGUGACAAGUCACAACUUCAAAGACAUGCAGCAGGCUGUCAUCAACGGCGUUGAGAAAUGGCCGGGCGCAUCGGCCAUCGAGAACGAGAACGGCCAAACGAUCAACCUUCGGAACAAGUCCUUGGAGGACCGUAUCGCGCUUGCCAACCAGCUGCUUGCCCCGACCAACAACACCUCUAGCGGACUGAGGAACAAAAAAGUGCAUCGUCACUUGGCGAACGGUGACGUGGUGCUGAUGAACCGCCAGCCGACACUGCACAAGCCCUCCAUCAUGGGCCAUCGGGUCAGGGUUCUGCCUGGCGAGAAGACCAUCCGCAUGCACUACGCCAACUGCAACACGUACAAUGCCGAUUUCGAUGGUGAUGAGAUGAACAUGCACUUCCCUCAGAACGAAGUGGCGCGCGCGGAGGCGCUGCAGCUGGCCGACACAGACCAUCAAUACAUCUCAGGGACAGCAGGGAAGCCGCUGCGUGGUCUUAUUCAAGACCACUUGUCGGUUUCGGUUGCGCUCUGUGACAAGGAUACCUUGUUUGACAGGCAGGCCUAUCAACAGCUGAUAUACGGUGCUCUCCGUCCGGAGAGUGGCCACAUCCUCGGGGAGAGGGUUGAAAUGGUGCCCCCGGCGAUUCUGAAGCCCUACGCGCGAUGGACAGGCAAACAAGUCAUCACAACAAUCUUGAAGAAUAUCAGGCCGCCGAACUGCGGUGAUUUGUGGAUGAGUAGCAAGACCCAGAUCCCAGCCGCACGGUGGGGCCCAGACUCAGAAGAAGGCGCUGUUCUGUUUCAAGACGGCGAGUUCAUUUGCGGCAUUCUGGACAAGUCCCAGCUCGGGCCGAGCUCUGGUGGCUUCAUCCACUCCGUUCAUGAAGUCUACGGACCUGCCGUUGCUGGCAAACUACUCAGCAGCAUGGGCCGUCUCCUGACCAGAUAUCUCAAUAUGAGGGCGUUCACCUGCGGAAUGGACGACCUGAGGCUGACUAGAGAAGGAGAGGAGAAGCGGAGGAACACGCUGGCGGACGCACCUCACAUUGGUCUGCGGGUUGCUGCCAAGUACGUGACGCUUGACGACCAGCAACCCGGGCCAUCAGACCCCGAGCUUCUCAGCCGCCUGGAGGAAGUUAUGCGAGAUGACACGAAACAGGAGGGUCUCGAUGUGCUGAUGAACAAGGGUUCGUCUGAUCUGUCCAGUGCUGUGACACAAGCGUGUCUGCCCAACGGCCUCGAGAAGCACUUUCCCAAGAACCAAAUGCAGUCCAUGACAACUUCGGGUGCCAAAGGCUCUCUGGUCAAUGCCAACUUGAUUUCAUGUAAUCUUGGUCAGCAAAUUUUGGAGGGUCGCCGAGUCCCACUCAUGGUCAGCGGUAAAUCACUGCCCAGUUUCCGACCAUAUGACACAAACAUCCGGGCCGGCGGGUAUAUUGUGAACAGAUUCUUGACGGGCAUAAGGCCACAGGAAUACUACUUCCAUCACAUGGCUGGCCGCGAAGGUUUGAUCGAUACAGCUGUCAAGACGUCUCGUUCGGGUUACCUUCAAAGGUGUCUCAUCAAGGGCAUGGAGGGCCUCGUAGUUGGCUACGACAGUUCAGUGCGAGACUCGGACGGGACGCUGGUCCAAUUCCUGUACGGGGAGGACGGGCUCGACAUCGCGAAGCAAAAGUACUUGACAAACUUUGGUUUCGUGCUCCGCAACUUUGAAUCGCAGCUGGCGCAGACUAACGAGGCCACCGCGCUGGGCUUAUUCGAUCACAAAGAUGAGUUCCUCAAGAGGAACAAGAUGGCAGUGAAAAAGGCCAGGGCCAACGUGGUCAAUGCUGAGGAGCCUGUCAACUGUGCCGUUGCUUCAGCACGGCAUGCGUUCGCCACCUCUGAGAAAUUCUACGCGGCCAUGGCGGAGUACAUGAAGACCAACCCAGACGCCCUGAUCAGAGACAAGAAGGACAAGGAUGAGGGCAAGCGAUCGGUAGGAGCCGAGCCCCUUCCUCGGAAACAGGUGGAGAAAAUCCUAGCGGCCAAGUAUCUAAGGUCUCUCGUGGAGCCCGGCGAGGCGGUUGGCAUUGUCGCCGGGCAAUCGGUCGGAGAACCAUCCACACAGAUGACGUUGAACACGUUCCAUUUGGCUGGCCACUCGGCUAAGAACGUCACGCUUGGUAUUCCUCGACUGCGUGAAAUCUUGAUGACCGCCAGUGCGAACAUCUCGACACCGGCCAUGACACUUGUGCUCAACGAGGAGCUGUCAGCGGAUGAUGGUGAAAGGUUCGCCAAGGCUAUCAGUGUGUUGCCUCUAUCUCAUGUCUUAGACAAGGUGGCCGUCAGCGAACAAGUCGGAAAAGGUAUUGGCUACGCUUUGGCAAAAAUAUUCCGCAUACGCCUCAGGUUUUUCCCUUCGCAUGAAUACACGGAAGCAUACAACAUUGGCAUCUCCGAUGUGCUAGACACGGUGGAGAAAAAGUUCUUGCCACAGCUGCACCAGGUCAUCAAGAAGGAAAUCAAGAAGAAGAGCAGUGGUGUCACCUCGGCGACGCCAGAAGUCGGCAUCAAGUCCGGCACCAUCGAAAUGGCCGACCCAUCGCGCGAGGUGGGCGGCCCUGCGGAUGGCGACAACGAAAAUGGCGAUGACGACGACGAUGAUGAUGACGGCGGCGACGAUGAUGCUACGAAUGCAAAACAGCGAGCCAACCGCGGUGAAGAGGCGUCGUACGGUCCCAACGACGACGAAGAUGACGCAAUUCAGCAGCGGCUGGACAGGGAAGCGGAAGUGGAUAGUGAGGACGAGGAUGAAGGCUUCGGAGGAAGCCCGCCUGCAGAAAAGGCGGGCGGCCCGGCGGGUGAGCACGGCACGUCGGCAAAUGACUCUGAUACGGAGGGCACCUCGCGCGAGGGUCGUGUCAAAGAGAAGAUUUCAAACGUCACCAAGUUCCGGUGCGACGAGUCACACGGCGAGUGGUGCGACUUCGUUUUGGAGUACGACGUCAACGUGCCCAAGAUCCUCAUGUUGAACCUGGUGGAGGUUGCGGUACGAAAGACGCUCAUCCAGCAGAUACCCGGCGUGGGCCAGUGCACCUUCGUCGCCAAGGACAAGGUCUUUGACGUUCGGACCGGUGGGGAGGUGGAGGCGUCAGUGGUCCAUACGGCCGGCGCCAAUCUGCAAGCCAUGCAGAAGUAUAGCGACUACAUCAACCCAAACAAGAUCUCGACAAACGACAUCGCCGCCGUCCUUGCUGUCUAUGGCGUCGAAGCUGCCCGGAACAACAUCAUACGGGAACUGAGCAAUGUGUUUGGCGGCCACGGCAUCAGCGUAGACAACAGGCACCUGAACUUGAUUGGAGACCACAUGACAAGGAACGGCGGCUUCUCGCCGUUCAACCGGAUGGGUCUCCGGGGCAAUGUGAGCCCGUUUACCAAGAUGAGUUUCGAAACAACGCUGGCCGUCCUGAAGGAUGCGCUGCUAGAUGGUGACUGGGACGACCUGAGCACGCCAAGUGGCAGACUGGUCUUGGGGAGGCUAGGGAAGGCUGGCACGGGAUCGUUCGAUGUAUAUACCGCCGCGCCUAUGAGGCACUUCGAUCCGAUGCGAGCAGAUGCGAUGGAGGAGUAA